UAUUUCACCCCCGUCACAGACGGUAAAACAACAACAACAUGGCUGUCCGUGUUUCAAACCCCGACAGGUGGUGUCUCCGUAACAAAAAGCGAACUAGUUAGCAUUUCGCGCUAGCUGACGUUAAUGGUGGUGGUGCUGGGAGGGGGUUGAGUUGCUUGGCAAAGCUACAGUGUUUAGUCCAGGUACUGAAGUCUGUGGUGGGCCCCUUAGCUACUAGCGAGACAGUAUGUCCUGAGUUGGGAGAGUACGGAACAUGAAAUUGUUCUCGACAGUGCCAUACUGAUCCCCUUGGUAACGGGAACAGAACCGUUUUCUUUCUACCUCAUCCGUGAUGACCGAGGUGGGAGUGAAGUGGGCCUGCGACUACUGCACCUAUGAGAACUGGCCGUCCGCUGUUAAGUGCACCAUGUGUCGUGCACAGUGUCCCAGCAGCCCCAUAAUCACAAAGGAGACCUACAAUAGCAGCCCCAGCAGUCUUAGUACAGAGCCUAGUUGUGGCUGGCAGGACCCUCCAAGCCCCGAGGGAAGCUGUGGUAGCCUCCUCAUCUACCCAGACUCCAGUGCCAGGCCCCGUGUCAAGCCCCCUAGCAUGACUGAGAAUAGCUCCAAAUGGUCCUGUCAGAUGUGCACCUACUUGAACUGGCCCCGUGCCAUCCGCUGUACCCAGUGUCUGUGUCAGCGCCAUCAGAGGACCCCAUGCAGCCCCACAGAGGCCCCCCAGACAUCAGGCUCCAAUGUGGGCCACCGCCCAGCCCCUCCUCCCCCCAUGGACCCUUGUACAGAGGAGUACAACGACCGGAACAGACUCAACAGACUCAACACCCGAGGUGGUGGUGGUGGUGGCGGCAGUAGCAGUGGGCAGCACUGGACUUGCACGGCCUGUACUUACCAGAACUAUCCCAAGACCCGGAAGUGCAUUGUCUGCGACCACCCCCAGCCUCAACCUAACAACCGGGAGGCUAUUCCUAUAGAGCUGGCUGGGCAGUCCGAGGAGUCUUCCUCCUCCACAUCCUCAAUCAUCAAUGAACAGGACAGAGACUGGGCCAGGUGGAGAGGGAGUGGGGGGAGCUGCAGUAGAGGGCUGAGCGGGGGACAGAGACAGGGACUGGGACAGAGGAUGACUUCUCCACCCACCUCUAAGAAGGAGGCGGAGGUAAAGAUGGACUUCCAGAGGAUUGAGCUGGCGGCCGGCGCGAUGGGCAGCGGAGAGGAGCAGCAUCGUCAUCCGGAGAACAUUGAUUUCAAGAAGACCAAACAGAUCAAGAACAGGAUGAGGAAAACGGACUGGCUGUUCCUUAAUGCUUGUGCAGGUGUGGUGGAGGGGAACAUGGCUGCUGUCGAGGCCUACAAGUCGUCCGGCGGUGACAUCGCCCGUCAGCUGACUUCAGACGAGGUCCGUCUCCUGAACCGCGCCACUGCCUUCAACGAUGGCUUUACGCUAGUUCACCUGGCCAUCCGCUUCCAGAGACAAGACAUGUUGGCUAUCCUUCUCACUGAGGUGUCCCAGCAGGCAGCUAAGUGUAUCCCUGCCAUGGUGUGUGGUGAGCUGACAGAACAGAUCCGCAGGGAGAUCGCUGCCUCUCUCCACCAACGUAAAGGAGACUUCAACUGUUACUUCCUCUCUGACCUGGUGACCUUCACUCUGCCCGCAGGUGACCGACCUGCCCUCCUGUCCUUACUGUACAUCUUGCUGUUUGUCCUCAGUGUUCCUCAGGGAUGAUGAAUGGAUGGUUAA